UCAAAAAACCAGUGGGAUGACAUUGCAGCCUGGUGAAAUCACAGAUUUAAAGCUUUGCUAAACCUAUUGGUCGAGCAGUCUUUUCCAUUAGAUGACAGACAAGAGACAAAACUGCACUUCCCUCUGAGCCAUGAGAGCAAAGUUGGAGGUCUUAGCCCUGGUCCUGGGCUUCAUUGGCCUGAUUGGGACCAUAGCUGUCACUGCCAUGCCCAUGUGGAGGGUCUCUGCCUUCAUUGGUGCCAAUCUCAUUGUCAUGGAGGAACUCUGGGAGGGCUUGUGGAUGGACUGCUACAGACAGGCCGACAUCAAGAUGCAGUGCAAGGUGUACGACUCGCUGCUAAUUCUUCCACUCGAGCUGCAGGCUGCCAGGGGGCUCAUGUGCGUGUCCUUAGUCCUGGUUGUCAUCUCACUGUUCUUCACAGGAUGUGGGACAAAUAAGAGCAAUUGUUGUGACGACAAUAGAAAAGGCAAGAACAUUACUCUGGCCUUAGCGGGGGGUUUGUAUCUGCUUUCCUUUUUGACCACACUCACCCCCGUCAGCUGGGUGGGAUAUACUGUCAUCAGCAACUUUUACAACCCAAUGGUGCUGGAUUCUCAGAAACGGGAGCUGGGGAAGGCCCUCUUCCUUGGUUGGGCCACUUCUGGUAUUCUGCUGAUCACUGCGGUCAUCCUUUUGUUUAGCUACAGCAAACGUAGCUCAAAGGAGGACGAGCCCUACACCGAUGCGCAUCCUAUGGCGGCAAGGAAUGUACAGAAAGAGGAUAGCGUGUACCUGGGGAGAAAGCCAUCCAGCUUUCAUAAGGAACAAGAAUAUGUGUAAAGAUCUGAACUGUAUUGACUAAAUAUGAUCUUUCAACGUUCCAUGUCUCUAAGAUUUGAAAGAUGUGGCCGGGUGGGGUCAGUGGUAGAGCAGGUGCACAUAUACGUAGAGGUUUAGGGCUCGAUGCAGAGGUCCAGGGUUUCGAGUUGGACCUGUGACCAUUUCCUGCACGUCUUCCCCCUCUCUCCCCCCUUUCUCACCUAGCUGUCCUGUCAAAAAUUAAAGGUGGAAAAGCCCAAACUAAUAAUCUUUAAAAA